AUGUCAAAUGUCCUCAAACGUUUUAAUGGUGCAAAUCUCACUAAGAAUGUCCGCAAACGUUUUAAUGAUGCAAAUCUCAGUAAUAAUGUCCUCAAAAGCUUUGACGAUGCAAAUCUCAGUAGUAAUAUUCUCAAAAGCUUUGACGAUGCAAAUCUCAGUAAUAAUAUUCUCAAAAGCUUUAAUGCUGCAAAUCUCACUAAGAAUGUCCGCAAACGUUUUAAUGCUGCAAAUCUCAGUAAUAAUGUCCUCAAAAGCUUUAACGAUGCAAAUCUCAGUAAUAAUAUUCUCAAGCGUUUUAAUGAUGCAAAUCUCAGUAAUAAUAUUCUCAAACGUUUAAAUGAUGCAAAUCUCAGUAAUAAUGUCCUCAAAAGCUUUAACGAUGCAAAUCUCGGUAAUAAUAUUCUCAAAAGCUUUGACGAUGCAAAUCUCAGUAAUAAUAUUCUCAAAAGCUUUAACGAUGCAAAUCUCAGUAAUAAUGUCCUCAAAAGCUUUGACGAUGCAAAUCUCAGUAAAAAUGUCCUCAAAAGCUUUGACGAUGCAAAUCUCAGUAAUAAUAUUCUCAAACGUUUUAACGAUGCAAAUUUCAGUAAUAAUAUUCUCAAACGUUUUAACGAUGCAAAUCUCAGUAAUAAUAUUCUCAAACGUUUUAACGAUGCAAAUCUCAGUAAUAAUAUUCUCAAAAGCUUUAAUAAUGCAAAUCUCAGUAAUAAUAUUCUCAAAAGCUUUGACGAUGCAAAUCUCAGUAAUAAUGUCCUCAAAAGCUUUAACGAUGCAAAUCUCAGUAAUAAUGUCCUCAAACGUUUUAAUGAUGCAAAUCUCACUGAUAAUGACGAUGCAAGCCUCAGUAGCGAUGUCAUGAUACUGGUCAAGUUCAACGGCGAUGCCAUCCCAUCUGAUGCUUCUAAGGUACAAAUUGCAGUAAAUUGUUAUCAAAUAUGUUUAGAAUGA